CCCAACGUUGCUGGAUCAUCAUUUUCAAAAUAUUUCGUAUGCAUCUCUAUCGCAAUGCGAAAUGGAAUACGACAAGGUAAACAGUCAAAAUUUGGAAAACAGCGACUGUGGGCCACAAUGGGUUACGGCAUUGCAGCAUGUUUAUCCGGAUAUAUGGUGGACUUAUGGUCACAAGACGAAAUCCAUAAAAAUUACACCCCAAUGCUUAUUCUCGUGCUCAUAUUUAUUUGCGUCGAUUUCAUCUGCUGUAUAAAAUUGCAGAUACCACUUGAAAAAGGAUCGGCAACCAUAUUGAAGGAUGUAUUUACACUUUUGAAAUCAAAAUCUAUUAUUAUAUUUUUGUGUUUUGUUGCUUUUGCCGGUAUCCAAUAUACUAUCAAGCGUAACUUUUUGUUGUGGUAUCUAGAAGAUCUCGCUAUCGCGACCGGUUAUAUGAAUAAAGUUAAAUUGAUAGAAGGAUUAGUCAUAGCAGCGGAAACUUUCGGUGGCGAAGUAUUAUUCCUCUUCUUUUCUGGCAAAAUACUGCAGAAGUUUGGAUAUGGUUACACUUUUAUAUUCUGUUUUGUAUGUUCCUCACUUCGGCUGGCAUUAGUAUCUCUAUCUCCAACGCCAUGGUGGAUAGUGCCGAUAGAAUUAAUCCUGCAAGGACCAUCGUAUGCCCUUUGCUUAGCAACAAUAAUAGCAUACAUGAACGUAGUAACACCACCCGGUGCUUCAGCUACUGUUCAAGCACUUGCUCAAGGCAUAUAUGACGGUUUCGGAAUGUCGGUUGGCAGUUUGACAGGUGGUAUCUUGUAUAAGACAUUUGGCGGUACAAUAACUAUGAGAAUAUUUUCAGUAUUUGCAGCACUUUCUGCAUUAACAUAUUUUAUUCUUUAUAUUUUAUACAUAAAGCAUAAAACACCAGAUUCGCGCAACAAUGUUGAAUGGGAAACACCGGAUGAUGCGCAUAGACACUGUGUAGUAGCAGAAACAUGACAUGAAUCUUCUUACUCUUCUUUAUAUAAUAAGAGAAAUUAUAAUACGAUAUUUUUAUGUAAAUUACGAUAAAUCGCUAUAAUUAGUCAUGUUUCUACAUAAUACAAUUUUGUUACAAAUAUUAU